AUGAUUAGCUUAACAGCAGCGGUCUUUACCUUCAUCAUUUUCAGCUGUUCCUCUGCCACAGAUCCAGGGAUUCAACUUAAUAUUUAUUCCCAGGAAGAAGUCAGUGGGUGUUAUGUUUAUAAUCAGACACUGGGCGUCUGCUUUGAUGUAAAGAACGGUUCAAUAAAACUGACGCGGAAAAGCACUGGAACUGUACUAGCCAUCUUUCAAGAUCUGGGCCAAAAUAUUACUUUGUAUCAAGUUUUGGACAAGCCUUUCAUCAGGUACGUCACGUGCUAAACAUGGUUAAGUUCAGUUGCAGGUUCGGCCACUGACUUCAACGAUUUCCUCAUGCCACGAAUCCAGCAUGACUCUUAAGUUCAAAUUUGAUCAGGGAUCCGAGGUUCAGAGGUUUGUUAGACCGGGAGGACUGCUUUUUUUACCUUUGUAAAAUAAAACUAAUUUACUUUAAUUUUGUGGGAAAAGUUUGGCGCAAUGAUACAGUGAACCCACCACCCAUAUGACCUAAUGGUAAUGCCACAUGUGUGUUUGUUCUCCCCCUUUCCCCUCUCCUUGAAAGCCAGUAUUUCUAAUUUCACGUUUAUCCGCGGAACAUGGUCGACGAAGAGCCACCUUGUGGAUGUGUUACCACUAAAAUGAUUUUUUUGUGUUCAUCAGUGGUUAACGUAUAGCAAUCUUGUAAUCUGGGCGUCGAAUCAUUGCCGUUUCACGACAUUUCUUCACAAGCCUUGCUUCGCUUUGUCUCAGUGAGUCACCAACUCAGAGGCGAAUAAAGAUGAAGUACCGGCGGCAGGUAGCGUCCAGAGAGGCGAAUCAACACUAUCAGAUUUAUAUACACCUUGGAUAAGUUCCGCUGUUUGGGGGCUUGUGUUCGCACUAAAUCCCGUUGUUCAGCAGUGGCGCUUCUUUUCUCACAAAUCAGUUUGAAAUGCAAUGGGCUUGACGUUGUGGCUACACAGGGUGAUUUAUUCAAAAUUCAAGACUUAGAAAAAGAAAAAGCCAAGAAGGGCGUCGAAAAGAUAGAUAGAUAGAGUUCAAAAGAGACAUACACAAAUAUAACAACAUUCAACGUACAAAAAACUUACAGAACUUCAAUUAGGGAAUAAACAAUCACUCAAGCAAAGUGCAAAGUUCUUGGCGCCCUUAUUAUUUUUCUGAUUAAAAGACAUGAAUGCCAGUGCAAUUAGCUCUCCCUAGAUAUUUUAACACGUCUCUUUCAUUUUCGACGACAUGUUCAAGAUGUAGCGAUGGUUACCAUAGGUUUCGAAUUAAGAAACAGAAUGGGUUGGUUCUCAGACCCAGGGUGGUACGAUUCAAGCUCAAUAUACAGAAAAGAGAGGCAAUGAUUUAGCAUUAAGUGAAAUAUUUAGACGAGAAAAAACAGGUACACUUUAGCAAAAUUAUAUUUUUUUUUUUAGUUUUUCUCUUCUAAAAUAAACAAUGAGCCAUAAUGGGAGAGAAUCGGAAAGCUAAUUAUAAGAAUCCCUAUGAAUUCCAGCUUGAAAUCAAUGGACAUUUAAACAUGCAUGUUUGUCUGGUUUAAAACAUCCUGCAGCUAAAAUCAAUUAUGACUAAGUUACUGGGGUUUAUCUUUCCACAGAUCAGGUCCCUUAAUGGUUUAUCUCCCUGAUUAUGUCCUGAGGGAACCGGAUCACAUGAGAGAUUUCGCACAGGGGAUCACUUCCCAGAGUGCAAAUGGGCCAGACCCGUUGUUCUGGAGCCAAUACAAGGAAGCCUUGCGCGCUCUUCGCAAGAUCCCGGAGCUCUUGCUGAUUGACCGGGCAGCCACAGCGUUGAGAGACAACAGCAGAUUGCUGGAGAUUCUCUCGCCUUUUUAUGGCCUUCUUUACAACCUGCUGAUGACGUCAGGGGUAGAGAUACCACCAGAGCUUCAAGCGCCUGACAUGGCAGAUGAGACUGCUGACCAGUAUGGAGCAAAAGAGACGCGCUGCUCGCAACCCACGGAGCAUGACUGCCGUGGUAUGUGCGGUGCAGGAUGCAACUGUUGGAAGUGGGUCUGUGGCGAUUGCUGUUUCCACCAAUCCUGUUACGAGCAUGACCUGUGCUGUAAGCAUGCACCCUGGAGUUCGUAUUGCCUCCUACCUUUUGGCAUAUUUGACGGGCUUCGCAUAUCAUGUGAAAGAUUCAACGAUUACGAAGCAUGCCUCAAGACCACUUCAUCAUUUUCCUCGUGGUUUCAGGGAUGGAAAUAA